AUGGCGUCGGCAUUCCUCCGAAGCAAGCAGACAGGCAUGCAAAAUGACCUGUCUGCUGCCAUCUUGCCUGACCAUUUUGCUCCCGACGAACAAGCACGAUACGGCAUCAACUCCCAGAUCAGCUGCUUCGCGUACGAACCCAUCCAGUCCCUUCUCGCCAUUGCGACAAACGAGUCCCAAUUCGGCCCCGGAAAGAUCUUUGUCUUCGGCCACACGCGCGUCUCCAAGACGCUUGAACCGCCAAGACGCACAUCCUUCCGAGCCCUCCGCUUCACCGCCAACCGACUUGUUGCCCUCGAUGCCAAGAAUGACCUGACCAUCUGGGACCUUGAUUCGGGUGAACGUGUCGCCGGCCAAGUCAUCUCCGGCAAUGUCGUCGCCCUCGUCACCGACCCCAUGCUCGACUGGGCCUUCCUGGGGCUAGCGACUGGCGAAGUGCUGGCUUACGACCUCGAUCGCGAGAGGAUCUCCAACUCGUUUCGCUUGCCCAACUUUUGGCGCGAGCAUGACCCGAGCGCCAGAGCCGUCGGCCUUGUUCGUCUGGCCCUGCACCCCACCGACAUCGGCAAGCUCCUCAUCGGCUACACGACCGGCGCUGUCAUCUACUCCUUCAAGCAGAACAUGCCGACCAAGUUCUUCGAGUAUGUGCUGCAGCCCGGCGCUCCAGGCGGAGGCGGUGGAGCUAUCAACUCGGUCCGCAAGCCACGGUUGACAGACGCUCUGUGGCACCCGUCAGGCACGUUUGUGUUGACAGCCCAUGAUGACGGGAGCAUGGCCUUUUGGGACCCCAAGGACGGCAGGCUUCUGACGGCACGGACGCUUGAGCACCUCAAGGUUGAUGAGGUUGCGAGCGGUAGCGCGCCUGCCACCUUUCAUGAGACUUAUGCGCGCAUUGCUUGGUGCUGCAAGCAGAACCCCGACGACACGGGUUUGUUGAUCGCAGGCGGUCAGCCCCCUGAUGCCCCGGAAAAGGGGUUGACCUUCAUCGACCUCGGCCCUACGCCGGCGUAUGCCACGGCGUCGUGGCAGGUCUUGCAGGAUCACUUCAAGGGUAGACGCCAAAGUGUCCUUGCCACUCCGCCCGGCGCCGAGGUCAUCGACUUUCUGCUCUUCCCCCGCUCCUCUCCGCACUAUGCCGGCUCGCAUGACCCAAUCGCCAUCAUGAGCCUCUUGACCUCUGGUGAACUCAUCACCAUGAGCUUCCCCUCUGGUUAUCCAAUCACGCCGACAAACCAACUCCAUCCCUCCGUGUCUCUGGUUCAUCCCUAUGUUUCCCGCUUCGCCGUGCAGACUGUGGACCGCGGCCGCUGGCUCGGCAUGACCGAGAUCCGCAACCAAGGUGAACCAUUACUCAAAGGUGGUGCCGAGGCGACGAAGCCAUCGAGGAAGUAUCAGGACCGCACCAUCCUGCAGGUGGCGCACGGCGAUGGUACCGUCAGGCUCUGGGACUCGGGCCACGGCGAUGAGAUUGAGAACCCAAAGGUGCUCCAGGUUGACGUGGCACGAGCCCUCGAGCGCGACAGCAACGUCAAUGUGACAGCCAUGAACAUGGCCCCCAACACGGGCGAGUUCGCCGUCGGAACGAAGACGGGUGAGGUCGUCAUCUACCGGUGGGGCGUCAACAGAGGCCACGGAAAAGACCAGCAGCAAAAGGUGGCCUCCAACCCGGGCGGUCUCACGGACAUCGCCGCAAGGGCGGAACCGCCGCUGAAGGAGGGACUGCAACCGAUGAGCCUCUACGAGAUGAUGCAGGGCCCCAUCACAGCGCUGUGUGUCUCCGACGUCGGCUUUGUCGCUGCUGGCUCCGAGAAUGGCUUCUUCAGCAUCAUUGACUUGCGGGGCCCCUCGAUCAUAUUCCAUGCCUCCAUGACUGAGUUUGCGAAGCACGAAAAGCGAUCUUCUUUCCUCAAGAGCUCUCACAGCGCGACUGGGCCCAAGGAGUGGCCUGUAGCGAUUGAGUUUGGUGUGAUGACGCUCGAAGGCGAUAACUACUCGAGCAUCUGUUGCUUCAUGGGCACGAACCUAGGCCGGGUCGCGACUUUCAAGCUUCUCCCGGCCAACAGCGGCUACACGGCGCAACUGGCUGGCCUUCAACAAUUCGACGGCAAAGUCGUCGCGCUGUGUCCGAUUGUAGCCGAGACCGGAAAGCCUGCACUGGCAACGGGCGCUGUUGUUGCUGGCUUGCGUAGCGGCCAGCAGGUCAACGGCAUGCUUGUGGCUGUCACACAAACCGAAAUCCGCAUCUUCAAGCCCGCCACCGGCAAGGGCGCUUCGAAAUCGUUCGACGACGCCCUUUGCGACGCUGCCAACGUGACCGAAUACGAGCUCCGCGGCAUGGCAAUCGUGGGUGUGUUUGGCGACCGGACCACUCGCGCCUACACCAUCCCAGGUCUCAAAGAGAUCAAUAUCGUCCAGUUGCCCAUGCUAGAUGCCAGCCGCACCAUCGGCGCCGCAGUCACCAAGACUGGCGACGUCUUCGGCUGGACGGGACCCAGCGAGCUCACGAAGCUUUCGGUCUGGGGCGCAGGCCAACCCUUACCCAGGAGCGCAGACGUCAUGAUCAACCCCCAGCUCACGGCACCAGUGAGACCAACCAUCUCUAACAUACAGUGGCUCUCUGGAACGCAGUACGUCAGUCCCACGGACCUCGACCUCCUCAUCGCCCCAGACAGGCCGCCGAGCAAGCGCAUGAUGGCCGCCGCCGCCGCCGAGCAGCGCGCCGCGAAGGGGUGGCCGGCGCUGCCACGGGCGGCGCGGCUCAACGAGCGGACGGAGAAGCUCAACAUUAUGGGCGACAGCAUGGACAACCUCCAGAACCAAAGUCAGGGAUGGGCCGACGACGUGGGAAAGUUCGUGAACAAGCAAAAGAGGAACAUGGUCACGGGGGCGCUGAAGAGCAAGUUCUUCUAA